AUGUUUCAUCAACUCUCCACAAACUCAAAACUCAACAUUUCAAACAACACGCUUCACGCAUUCAAAACUCCGGUCAUGGACUCCUCCAUCAACCCCUUCACUGGCGCGGCCAACGAUCCCAACAGCCACUCCAACUUUUUGGCCAACAAGGAAUCCGACCGCAAUGAAGCUGUCAUCAUGGGAGGAGUCAUGAUUGGUGCCGUCCUUUUCGUCGCGCUCGUUGGUGUGGGCUGCAUGUUCUAUAGGCAGCGGGUCCGGAAGAUAAAGGCCCAGCAGAGCAAAGACGUUGACGAUGAUGGGCGGUCUGUUUAA